AUGAGUAAUAGUUUUAAUGGAUGUCUGGAUAAUAUUACAGUCUAAUUAGAAGAGUUUUCUUUCUUUGUUAAAUUAAGAAACCAUCCGAAAUACCUUCAUUUUUUAAGCCAAGUAGCAAAAUGCAUAAGAGAAAAACAUUACUAGCAGGAUUAUUAAUUAAUUGAAUAGGGAGAGCAGUGUGAUUAAAUAUUCUUUAUAAUUGAAGGUAAUGUCAUAAUAUAAUCUGAGUACAAAAUAUUAAGGCCAUUGUCAACUUCUUAAAGUCAAUAAACUUUUAAGAAUGCUAAUAUUUCUACCAUCACUCAAUAAAUAAAUAAAAGCAGAUAUCAAACAAUUAAAAAAGUUAAACUAGCAAGUAAGUAUGAUGUGGUUAAUGAAGAGAAUGCCUUAAUUUCAAGACUUUAAUCAAGAGAUAAUGCUAUUUGUUAAACACCCUGUAGAGUAUUUGAGUUGAAUUUUUCGGAUUUCCAAAGGAUUUUUAGCAGCUAAGUAAAUGAAAUCAGACACAGAAUGAGUCUUUUCAGCAAAUACUUUAACUUAGAUGAAAUCGAAUAAUCAUCAGUUUUAUCUUUUUGUUAGGCAUGCAAAGAAUAGCAAUAUAUAAAUGGAGAAAAGCUCUACAAGGUAAAUGAGAAAUCGUUAGGGUUUUAUUUUGUAAAAUAAGGAACGAUUGAAAUUUCCUUAAAUAUUAGUUCUUAAAAUCAAUCUAAAAGCUAAUAAGUAAUAGUAGACCUUGUAAGUAGCAGCGAAUUUUUUGGAAUAGAAGAUAUCUGCGUAUCUAAUAUGUAUAGAACUUAUGAUGCCACUGUUCAAAGUGAAAAGGCGAAAAUUCUAUUUAUUCCUACUUAGUAUUUCGAUUAAGAAAGAAGUUUUGUAAAUAAUGAAAUUGGAAAAAUGGAUAUUUAUAAGAUUUUGAUGAAAUUAAGUAAAGAAAAAUCAAGGAAAUAUUUAUAAACAAUAGAGAAGUAUAAAGAGCAAUUCCUUACAUAAAAUGUGAGCUAAAAACUUGUUUAAAGAGAUAAAUCAGCAUCUCAAAGAGUCAGCAUUUAAGAGAUCCUAAAUACUGAAAGCAAGGCGAACUUGAAAUACAGAAAUUCUCUAUUAGAAUAACCAUAAACACAUUACUAAGCAGCAAAUGAUAUGAUUAUGAAUCCGUCUUUUCCUUUUGUGCUUCCUCCAAGGCCAAAUAACAAUAAUAAUUCCAACAAUAAUAUUAAUUUAAAUAAAUCUUUAAAUGGAAAUACAAAAUCUUCAACAAGUAUUUCUUCUGUACUCAAAUUAAAAAUCAGAAACUCCUCUUAAAGCACAUUAAGAUCAAGUAUACAUUAAUAUAUUGAGAAUGAAAAUAAAAGAAACAGAGCAGAAAGCUGGAUAUCAAAUCAGGUAGAUGAAUAAGAUAAUGUUUAGACUGUAAACACUUUACAAAAUGAUAUAAAGCUUUAAAUAGGAAACGAGUAGCUUCCAAUACAUUCAAACAGAGGAGUAGCUUAAACAGGUUCAUUAAGUGGAAACUAUAAAGUUCUAUUUAAAAAAUAUCUAGAAAAUAAAUAAAACAAAGCAUCUAAUUAGUAUCCUAGUACUCUUAAUGCAACAAGUUAGUCUAAAGAAAAGUAGUUUUAAAUUCUAAAUGAUCUAGAUUAGAAAAUUCCACUUCUAAAAUGCUAAGCAGAUGAAAGAUGCUUUAUGAUAUCAACUUACAAUAAUAACAUUAAGUCUCUGACUAAAAGUCAUUAUGAAAAGCAAGAACUAGAAUAUGGAGGAACUUUAUUUAAUAAUUUAAUGGUUUCUAAUUUUAUGAAAUGUCCUUUGAACGAGACUUCAAACACUCAUCAAUUUAGUGAAACCUAAAAAUUUUUCGAAAAGCAAAAUCCUUUCAAGGUUGGUAAUAAAAUUAGAGUAACUAUGGCAUCAUUUAAAUCAAAUAAAACACUAAAACAAAAAGAGAAUUUUAAUCCAACUUUGAAUUAGGAUCAAAAUUUAUAGAAUAUUAAUACUCAACAAAUAAAUGAAGACUCAUUUUUUAAAAUGUAAACUAGUGAAGAGAAUUCUCCCUUAAAGAAAAAAUAUUCUUUUAGUAAAAGAGAUACCAUGACUGAAAAAAGAAAAUCAUUAUACUAAUAAAACUCUUUUUCUGAUUAAAAAAAUAGAGGAUCAUUUACAGAUAAUUCCUUCAUCAUGAUAGACAAAUCUGGUACAUCCGAAAACAAAAAAAGCAUUUAAAAACAAAAUCCAAAAAGGAGAAGCAUAACUCCUUUAAAAUAAGCUUAAAUAUAAUUACAACCCUUAAACUGCUUAAAAUAAUAAUAAAUAAAUUAUAAACAAACUCAAACAAAGAUAUAAAUUGAAAAUAAAAAAUAGACUUAAACAAAGAAAGAUAAAGAUAGCAAUUCUGACCUAUCUCUUGAAGAGUACACUGAAUCAUCAUAAAAUACCAGUAAAACUUCUCUCUCUGACGAUUCUAGUUAGAUUAUAAGCUAUUCUUGA